AUGGGAUUGUCUUUUUCCCUUUUCCCCCUUAGGAACGGCGUGAAUGUUGAGGGGGCGACACACAAGCAGGUGGUGGACCUGAUCCGUGCAGGCGAGAAGGAAUUGAUCUUGACAGUGUUGUCUGUACCUCCUCAUGAGGCGGAUAACCUAGAUCCCAGUGACGACUCCUUGGGACAAUCAUUUUAUGAUUACACAGAAAAGCAAGCAGUGCCCAUUUCGGUCCCCACAUACAAACAUGUGGAGCAGAAUGGUGAGAAGUUUGUGGUAUACAAUGUUUACAUGGCAGGAAGGCAGUUGUGUUCUAAGCGGUACCGGGAGUUUGCCAUCCUACACCAGAACCUAAAGAGAGAGUUUGCCAACUUUACAUUUCCUCGACUUCCGGGAAAGUGGCCAUUCUCAUUAUCAGAACAGCAACUGGAUGCCCGGCGUCGGGGGUUGGAAGAAUAUCUAGAAAAAGUGUGUUCAAUACGAGUCAUUGGUGAGAGUGAUAUCAUGCAGGAAUUCCUGUCAGAAUCAGAUGAGGUAGUGUUCUCUAUUCUGUCUUCUUUAGUACGUAAGCUGGCACCUAAUGAAUUUCCUCAUAAACUCUACGUCCAGAAUUAUACAUCUGCUGUGCCAGGCACCUGCCUGACAAUUCGAAAGUGGCUUUUUACAACAGAAGAAGAAAUCCUCUUAAAUGACAAUGACCUUGCUGUUACCUAUUUCUUUCAUCAGGCAGUUGAUGAUGUAAAGAAAGGUUACAUCAAAGCAGAAGAAAAGUCUUACCAAUUGCAGAAGCUAUAUGAACAAAGAAAAAUGGUCAUGUACCUCAACAUGCUAAGGACUUGUGAGGGCUACAAUGAAAUUAUUUUCCCCCACUGUGCCUGUGAUUCCAGGAGGAAGGGGCAUGUUAUCACAGCCAUCAGCAUCACGCACUUUAAAUUGCAUGCCUGCACUGAAGAAGGACAGCUAGAGAACCAGGUAAUAGCAUUUGAAUGGGAUGAGAUGCAGCGAUGGGACACAGAUGAAGAAGGAAUGGCUUUCUGUUUUGAAUAUGCACGGGGAGAGAAGAAACCUCGAUGGGUUAAAAUCUUCACACCGUAUUUCAAUUAUAUGCAUGAAUGCUUUGAGAGAGUGUUCUGCGAGCUCAAAUGGAGAAAAGAGAACAUUUUCCAGAUGUCGAGGUCACAGCAGAGGGAUGUGGCCACCUAGCCUUUCCUUUUCCCCUUCCCUUGCCUUCAUCCUCUUAUCCCUUUUGUCUCCCAUGUCAGAGUAACCAUUAACACAAAAGAUGAGAAAAAGAAAAAAGUCAUUAUAUACAAAAAGCCCUAAACUAAAUAUUAAUAACUCCCUCUGAAUUUCAUGUCUUGAAUUGAGCUGGCAGAGAACACAGAUUGGUCAGUACCAGAAGUCCACUGAGAUAAGAUAGAAAUAAGCCCAACCAACUCGCCAAAGGUAUCUUUGUUCUUUCACCUGGGCCUCAUACCAACAGACGCUCCUUGUACUAUAUUUUUAAAACUGGAACUAUGAACUUCAUCCAUUUGCACUGUUCAGACAUAUAUAUGUAUGUAUGUAAAGAAAUUAUAAUAUACACAAAAUUAGCUGCACGUAUAUACAUAUAUAUAUUUCUUUUUAAAUUUCAUAUUGAUGGCAGUACCUUUUUUAGCUUGUGUUUUUACACACCUUUCACUAGAAUUCAUGACCUCUCGCUCUCUUUGUUUCAAAACAAACUUUAAAAAGGAAAAAAAAAAUACAGAGAAAAUACCUCUCCUCGUGAAGGACUCGAAAAGUUUACAACCUUGCUUGGGUUCUUUCCCCUCCUUUUUUGUAUUGAGUAUAGUUUCUGGCUCAUGGGUUGCCAUAGAGUCUGAGGAGCAGGGUGUGUAGUUGCUUUAUCUUCUAAGAGGGUGCUGGGGAGGAGAAAGGGGUGUGUUUCUCACAGGCAGGAAGGCUGCAGAUCUGCUGGGAGAAUCUAAAGGCUUGAUGUGAUCUCUUGCUUUCAAAGCAGUUUUCCUGGUCCAUCUCUCUCCAACUCAUGGUUUUCUAGUCCAUCUCCCAUCUCCUUCCUCCUUCUCUAGGGCCUUUUGUGUGUUUUUUUUCCAACUGUCCCCAGAGCAGAGUUGAGGCUGGGCUCAGGAGGCUGAUGCUGCAGGAACAUAAAAUUACUACUCUAUGGUAAUUUCCCUUCUCCCCACUUCUGUAGCAGGCAUGGUACUACAGACCAAGGGUAAAUAUAUCUCAGGCACAAAGGUUGGAUGAAUGGAAGGAAAAGAAGGAAAGAUACCUGCAAAUAUAGGGUUUUUACCUACUCCACUCCUGACCAAUUGCAUUCUCUUGUGAUUUCUUUAAAUAGCUGUGGUGGGGAGGGAACUGACUGUAUCUUCAAGGCCUCAGGGAGAACUUGGAAUGUGUCUGUAGUCUGUGCCAGCUAAAUGAUAACCCUAUUCAAGCCAGCCAGCAGAGGGUCUGGGAAGAAGUGGGAUAUGGUUGAUUUUAUUUGGCUCUCUUUUUACUUAAAAACAAUCUGAAGGAAAUCCUUUUAGUCCCUAAGAGCUAUAUCCUAGGUUCAGAGGCCAGGGCUGAUACAUAGGACAAUAGUCUCAGACCCUGAGGUUUGUAGGUCUUGCCUAAGGAGCACUAAGUCAGGCUCUGAUGCAGUUGAAACAGGUCUUUGAACACUGCCCAUACACCUGAGUAAGUCACCUCCGUGAGGUGGCAUUGUCUGCUUUAGCUAGCCGUAGUCAGCUCCUCUAAGCAGUGUUGAGGUAGCUUAAAGUUUCUCUUUUGUAACUUGGUUUUGCAGAUCAUAAUGAGACCACUUUUCUGUCUCUCUUAUUCCUUAUUCUGGAUUCCACUUGCCCUAGGGAGGCAUGGAAUCAUAUAGAUAUCCUGUCCUCUCUUCAGAUCCAGGUGACAGACCCAUAGAGUGCAGAACAGAAGAAUGCUGUUUGUUUAAAGUUGCAGGCUUUAAUAUAGGAUUGACUCUUCCUUUUGGCUUGAAAUGAAUUUAAUAAUGAGCCAAAUAACCCUAAAAAGAAAUUUAUUUCCUGCUCCAAGAUGCUAAAGAGGCUUUUGGCACCAGCUUUGUUCAAACUAUAAAAAUAGCAAUGUGCCCCUACUCACUCAUAGUGGGAAAGGAAGGAGCAAAUUGAAGAGUGAAAACCCAAAGUCUCUAGUAACCCAAGUGCUGACCUCCAGAUAUGAAACAUGGAUUUGGAGGCCCCUGAGAAUGGGUAGAUGGUGCUCUGCUCCCUUUUUGAUUUAGCACUCACUUGGUGCUUUGGAGAUUGGAUGAGGGACCCCUUAAGUAGGUAAUCGGCGUGUUGACAAAAUAUGUUUAGGAACAGCCUCUACUUGAAGCUGUCCUACUAACAAGAGUACCCAGCAGUAGCAAGGUGGUGGAAAGGAGGGAGACCCCGAAAGAUAGCACGUUCUCUUUUGCUCACAUCAGCCCUUCAGUAGUGGAGCAGAGGUCACUGUGGCUGUGAGGUCCAUAGGGCCAAGCCCUUCUUUGCAUGAAGCAGUGUUAGGUGACUUCUUAACCCCUUUCCUUUGCACUUCCUUUUUCUAAUUCCUACUCUGUUUCUUAGUCCUGGCUUCUGCCCAGGGAGGCAUCUACCCAGUCUUUUUUACAAUUUGUCUCCGAGAAAGGAGGGGCUUCCCUUCCCCUAGCUUCACCCCAGCAGGAUCUUCCUGGCCUCCCAUUAUUGUUCUCUUUACACUGGGUUUCUGUUCUGUAGAGCAAAAGCUCAAAAAAGCUCAGCUUUUUUUAUGGAACAGGAAAAAAUGUAUGCCCUGAGAAACAUGCCUCUGUAGAAAGGUUCCCUUGGGCCAUGCUUUGAGCUCCUACUCAUUAUAUUUUAUUCUAGUCUCCAUUUUUUUCUACCCUCCCCUUGCCCUAGGCUUAAGCUCAGCACAGGUACCCAUAUGUGCGUGCUCAGGGUAGCUCCUAGGCCUGGAUAGAGCUCUCAGGGAGGAAUUAGAUAAAUAUUCCAACAUCCUCAUGCCUGGACUGUUUUGUUUCAUCCUUUAGUUACCCAGGCCAGUAGCUUAGAUUAUCCCCUCCUGUAACUCCAAACACCAUGCUUGGAGCCGCCAAAUAGGGCACUGACAGGAGGUAAUGCCUUUCUCACUUAUCUCAGAAUUUGCCAACUUACGGGCCUAGUUUCUAAGAGACAGUUUCUUUUGAAGGACCGGUAUGCUAGUUGACCCGAUCUCCAGAGCUGGCGGACCACUGUACCCUCCCCUUCUCUUCAUCAUGCUAUCUGGCAGGACUCCGUUAGCAGUAGACCUCAGUACACUGCUGUUCCUUCACCAGCUUCAUUAGUCACAUUAGCUUCCUUCUGGAGGAGGGAGGAAGAAAGGGAAAAUACAGGUAGUGGGAGUGCUUCUUUAGCCCCCCCCCCAUCUUCCUGUUCCAUCUAAGCUAAACUUCUGAGCACAUCAGACCAGGCUCUUUCAUAGCAGGAUAGUAGCUCCCUUCUUACCCAUAACUGAGGGUAGAUGGGAAGUGGAGGGCUCUGGGGAGGUCAGAAUUGAAGAGGGGAGUAACAUGGGGUAGGGCCCUUGGCCAACUGCAAAACUUGGAUAACAAUUUUAUUUCAUGCCCUCUUUUAAGCCAGUGAGCUGGGCCAUGCAUACUUUUAAUUUAUUUGAGAGAAACUCUAAUUGUAUUUUCACUGCAGUAUCUUGUAUUUUUUAUUUGUGAUUUAAGAAAUGUGAAGAGAAAAUACACAGACACAUAAUGGCUAACAGUGUUCCUUUCAUUCCUUGUUCUAGAGCUAACCACUCUAAAAUUGUUUGGUAAUGUCACUUAGUGUAAUUAAUUGUAACAUAUUCUUUUAAAUAAAUUGAUUUAUUGAUGAAACAA